AGUAUAAAAACAAAGUCAGAGAGGUAAAUGAGUACAGUUGUCAAUAACACGUAACACUCCAAACUCCCAUCAUGUUCUGUGAUAAAAUUGCGAAUGCACGAUUUGAAAUAAAAGUGCUAACGGUUCUUGGACUUUGGUCCCCGGCUCAUAAUAAUCUUACGUAUUUUGGGCGAUAUUACCGCUAUUAUCAAGUCAUAUUGAAUAUUACGCUGACAUUUAUCUUCACGCUGCUCUUGUGGAUGGAAAUCAUAUAUAGUGCAGAUAUCGAUUAUGUAUUCCAAUGGAUGAGGCUGGCGAUCACUGAAACGUGUCUCAUCGUAAAAGUUCUGAAUAUGUGGUACCAUUCUCAAGCGGCUAAUGAAUUGGUUCAAGAAUGGGACAAAAGUGAUAUGUUUGCUUUAAAGACGAUUGAGGAAGAAAAGAUGUGGCAGGGUGCUCAACGAUCCUUUCGAAAGAUUGUAUUAGUCUAUUCGCUUCUCAGCAUUUGCUCGGUGUUCAUGGCUUUGUUUUCCGUUUUCUUCAUGGAAACACUUGCACUACCCAUCCCAUACUGGAUGCCAGCGUCGUGGCGCGGUAGUAAUGCGUGGCCUCUAUUCCUGUACGAAGAUGUGGUCGUGCCAUUUAGCUGUCUAUGCAACACCCAAAUAGAAUUAUUUUUGUGUUACUUAAUGUUCCAUUUCACACUUUGCCUGCGCAUGAUUGGCAUGAGGAUGGAGCGGUUGGGUGAUCAAGAGAACGAUGAGGAAAUCACCACUGAGCUUGGAAACAUAAUAAAAAUCCAUCAACGAGUUGAGUGUAUGGCCAAAAGCUGUCAGAAAAUCAUAACGUGGCCUGUGUUGGCGCAGAUUGUAUUCAGUUCUCUCAUAAUUUGCUGCUCUAUUUACUCCAUACAACGCAUAAGCUUUAGUGAAAACCCAUCUAAUUUUUUGGGUUUCAUACAAUAUGUCACUGCUAUGGCUUUAGAAAUAUUUCUACCAUGUUAUUAUGCCAACGAAAUAAUAGUGGAAUCAGAGAAUUUGAGCAACCAUCUCUACAAUUGCGAUUGGACAGGGAUGUCUUUGUAUAAUAGACGUCAAAUUUUUCUUUACAUGGAACAUUUAAAGCACCCAAUAGCUUUGUAUGCGGGAGGUUAUUUCCAAAUUGGGCUGCCGGUUUUUUCGAAGACUAUGAACAAUGCCUACAGUCUCCUAGCUCUGCUGGCCAACGUCAAUGAAGAAGAGUGAGAAUAUAUUUGAAUCGCAUAAUCACAAUGGAAGACACUUAUUAUCAUAAUGAGAGUUAAAUAUUUUUAGCUUAAACAAAACCACUUCACACAAAUUAUUUAUAUUUUUAUGUAUCCUAAGUUAAGGCACCUGAAUACAGGACAAAGCAAGAAAUUCCUGGCCGGCACUACUAGACAAAAUAAAGUUAAAUAUAAGAUAAUGGUUUGAAUUUACUGAAGUC